GUGCGAUUUGACCCUAGUCGAUCUAUGCGAUCUAUGAGCUCCUUCACGUGGCGAAUGUCCUUCGAUUCGUGCGGCGGGGCGACGCGUAUUCCUUCAGGAGUGUAGGAAUCCCGUACCCGAUAUCCAUGGAUCCUUCCGCCCCCGUUGAUGUCAUAGACGACUUAUCGCGAUCGGAGAGAACAGUCAUGCUUCUCUGACCGAAGUAUGCGACAGGCGGCAUAAAUAUCGUUCGGCUUCCGUCACUUCGGCGUGCUUGCAAUCGUGAGAUGACCCGCGCAGCCCAUUCUCGAAGAUUCAGCCCACGCUAGAUUAUAGUUUAAUGCCACAGGGCAUUUCUUCUUCGGGUCAGGGAUGAUUUAACUAUGCGAGUGCAUUGGCGGUGGCAUUGUCUAUUUGGUGGUUCGCCCACGCGUCGCUGCGGUUGGCUCGAUCGUUGUUCCAAAAAUGGCUUCGUGGCUGAGCAACCGCAGAUCCCUCAACGUCCCUGUACAACCAUCUGUCAGCCGGGAGGUUCCAAGGCUUCACAACUACAACUUUUGUACGAAAACUGCCUUAGUUGGGGUCGAUCUCAGAAUUAAGUUUUCGUGUCCUGCUUCUUUAGGUUUAAUAAUCGUUAUGCUAAGUAGGUAUAAUGCCUUAGAUCUUCAGCUACGCUCCCUGCCACAGUAUGACACGCCUCGUCCGCAGUCUUCUCAGGAAAGUAUACCUGUCUUCUUAUAUCACCAACUAUCUCCCGUUGGCCAGUCCUUUUCAUUAAUUCUCAUGUUAUGAUUUCUCUCGAUACCAUUCCGUCGCCGUCCCUCUUGAGCAUGACCUGAUAUCGCAUGCUUCUACCAUCAGCACUAAAAACACCACCACCCACAAUGUCGCUGCACUCUCUCCGACUACGGCGCGGACUGGAAUCUAAUAGAAAUUUCUUGAUAGGCACCAUAGUUGUGUCGUCGGUUUUAGGUAUUCUCACAAUCAUCGGGCUAUACUUCUUGUUCCGGUAUUGUCGCCAGCGACGCCGCAAUCGAAGAUCCAUGAGGAAUAGCGCCGAGGAAGCUUGGAAGAAGCAGCACGUCGCUGGGGCCUGGAGCAUCGCCAGCUCGCAGCCAGUAUCAGACCUCGAAUGCAGCGAGGCAGCAUCAGAGUCAGACAACUCGAGCACAUGGCGCAAUGAUCGGUUCCUGACAGGCUACACUCAAAGAAGUGAAUAUGUUGCUGUUCGAUCGGCGUCUCCGCCCCCAGCACAUUUAGCAGGCUACACUCAAAGAAGUGGCUACUCAGUGUCUCCGCCUCCCUCGCAACGGCCGGAUUCGCCCACAUUACCGUUAAUGGCAGUACACCACAACAGGAGCGUAUCUAUGCCGCCUCCGCGCCCACCGCGCCCCGACGAUAUGAUCUCUCCACUUACGCCACGCGACAUCUCGGAAAUACCAGACCAUAUCCUAUAUAGCAAUGGUUCCAUCACCUCUCGAGGCGGGGAGCAAUAUCGACCUCACACGCUCCCGGCCACAUCUCCCAUUUACAGACCCGAUGUGCACCCUCCUGCCGAAUCGCAUCCUCUCCCACAACUCCACUACGACUUUCCUAUAGACCUAUGGAACCAGCCGCCGACACCACCACCUAAAAGCGAUAGACGUGUCCCACAUGUACGCUCUAUUAAUCGCAAACGCUCCAUUAACCGCAAAGUCUCCAUCGUGCGCAAACCGGUACCGAUACAUGUACUGCUCUCGCCACCGAGAUAUGGCGGCAUGGGUGGCCUGAGACGGUCCGACACGGGGUAUUCGUCGCACUAUAGCGACGCUUCCAACCUUGAGCGGGCUAAUAGCGGAGCUUCAAUGGCGGGGAGGCACACAUGGUCGCCGCACUCGGCGCUUGAUUCACUGGCGGCGUAUUCUGAGAUAUCGGCUUCGACGCCCUUUGACAAGAAAGAAGGGCUAGAGCGAAAUUUGACGAGGCGGGGUUUCAUCAGUGCACGAUUAUCUCACGUUGUAGAGAAAGAGGAUUCCAGGGAGGCGGCAAAACUUAUGGGUGAAGCAGAAGUUCCUGAUUUAGAGUCAGAUACAGCAAGCAACGCAGGGUCGUCGGAUAGAGACACGCUCGAGGUAGAGAAUAAGGCUGGGGAGGAGUCGCGCGUUAACACACCAGAUCCCAUACCAGCGCCACUGCGGAUAAUAAAGAAGGGGCAUGAGUUAGAGGUGCCGAUGCUAAAGCUCCCGAUGCCGAUGAGUUUCGAGGAGAGGAGGGAAAUGGGGAGGAUAUAUGCUGUUAGGUAGAUGUGGCCGGCGUAAUGGGCGGAUACUUGUAUUUUAUUACCUGAUACCAUGAAUAAAUAACACUUUUAAGAUAUUUGUUGUAGAG